UCUCCGCAGGUCUGCACGGCUCGGAGCCUCAGCCCGUGACCAGACUCGUCAGUUUGCUUUGCGGAGGAGAAGAACCGGAACCAGACUGAAGAUGAGCAGAAUCAACGGAUGCCUCAAGUGUCUUUCCAUCUUCUUCAACGUCGUGUUUGGGAUUGUUGGGGUCCUGCUGAUCAUUGGAGCUGUGAAGGCCAGCGGGUACAGUCAUGAGCUUGCCAUUACAGGAAGUCCGGGUCUGGGUUGGUACUGGCUGUUUGCCAUCGGCAUCAUCCUGGUCUCCUGUCUGGGUAUCUUCGCCGCCUGCUCAGAGAAAGAGAUUGUCCUUAAAGUGUUUGCAGGUAUAAUGGUGGCUGGACUGCUAAUCAUGUUGAUCUUCGGAAUCAUAAUCGCUUCCUACAGAAAUAAGAUGAAGAAUGCAUUUGACAGCACUUCUGCAGAGAUGGUUCAUGCAUUCAUGGCUGACGAGGGAUUCAGAGAGUUCCUUGAUGAAUUCCAACAAAAGAUGGAGUGCUGUGGAGUUGAGGGUGCGAAGGACUGGGAGACUGAAAUCCGUCCUUCCUGUGAAUGCAGCAGUUAUUCAGGAUGUGUAGCCAAACCUCAGGGAAUGGCAGGUCCUGAUAAAGUCUAUAAGCAGUCCUGCAAAGAUAUCUUAUUCUCAAUCCUUGACAUUGCCUUUAAAGUGGGGAUGGGAAUGUUCUUUGGAUUCGCCAUCACGGCGCUCCUGGGUCUGCUGGUCUCUCUGCUGAUGAUCCACCAGGUGAGACGUGAUGACAGCUUAUCAGGAGGACAGUCCAUUGCCAUGAAGGGCUGUGGUUACUGAAGACCUUGUGACCUCUGCUCCCUGACCUUUAG